AUGGGAUCCUCACAGCCUUUUUUCGAUUGGGCCGGAUUCCCAGCUGGGGUGCGCUUCGAGCCGACAGAUGUACAGUUAUUGGAUCACCUCUUGGCGAAGCUUGACGAGGAGCACGCUAGCAUAGACGACGAUGAACAGACUCUAAAGCCCGGCGUUAAGAGGCAAGCCAGCCGAGGGAAAGAGAACAUCGCAGGGGGUGUUGGCAGCAAGCCACGUGUCCAGAAGCCGCGCCGGCAGCAGCACCCGCGCGUGGGGGAGUUUAUUCCGACGUUAGGAUUCGAAGACGGAAUCUGCAGCGUUUAUCCGGAGGAUCUGCCUGGGAUCGUGACGGAUGGCACCACUCGGCACUACUUCCACCGCCCGUCGCGUGCCUAUGCCAUGGGGCUGCGCAAGAGACGAAAGAUCUUCUCAGAUCGCCCCUCCGCUGCCACUUUGCCGCCCGGCACUGUGGGGGGGGCGGAUGCGGGUGGAGGACGGGAGGAGUGCGGGUACAGAUGGCACAAGACAGGGAAGACUCGCCCCGUGUUUGCUCGGAACAGAAAGCAGAUCGGUUGGAAGAAGAUUCUGGUGCUGUAUGAGACGCGGGCGCAGAGGGGCAAGAAGCGGGGGGCGGACGAGCGGAGCAGCCCUGCAGGGGGCAGCGGGAAGGACAGGAAGACGAAUUGGAUCAUGCACCAGUACCAUGUGGGGGAGCAGGGCGAGGAGAAGGAGGGCGAAUGGGUGGUGUCGAAAGUCUUUUACCAGAUCCAGCAGAGGCAGAGUUCAGGCACGCGAGCAGGCAGCAGGGAGGGGUCUCUGCCCCCCCUUGGCCAAGGGGCAGACGAGGAGGAGUGUGGGGCCGAGGGGAGGGAGGACAUUGAAGCAGUAGGGGAAGGGGAGGGUGGAGGGGCAGAGGAGGAGGAAGGGGAGGAGGAGGAGGUGGUGGAUGAUAUCGAGGAUGUUAAUGACGAGGAUGGGGAUGGGGAUGGGGGUAUGGCAGGGGCGCCUAGAGCAGCUGUGGCAGGGAGAGGAGGAGGGUUGGUAUCAGGGGCAGGAGGUGCGUUUGUAGCGGCAGGAGGUCCGGUUGUUACAGCAGGAGGCUCUGCCGGAGCAGCAGGAGGCUCGGCUGUAACGGCGGGAAGGAGAGGAAGGGGAGGGCGGGGAGGCAGGGGAGUAAGCCAGGGUGGUCGGGGGGGUUCUAGGGGGGGUAGGCCCGCAAAGGGGGGGGUGUUGGCAACGAGGGGCACGUUUCAAGCAUCGCAGCCAUCACCCACGUCAGCCGCCGCUGCCUCGUUUGGUGCGGCGUUUUUGCCACCAGGGCACCACCCACCACCCUUACUCCCUGCAGCUUCUCCUGUUUCCACAGCAGCAGGUGCUGCCUCAGGUGCUAUUUCAGGUGCUUUCUCAGGUGCUGAUCUGAUAACCACAGCAGAAGUAGCGCCAGCAGGGGCAGCAGGCGCAUUAGCAGGGCCUGCUCGACUGCUCUCCUUCCACAACCAAGCACCCCCCUGUGGGGUCCAGGAGGGGGCUUUAUUAGGCACAGCAGGGCCACCAAACACUGGCGUUCCUGGUAUAGGGUUCACUCCUUUCAGUAGGAAAGGUGGUGCUGCUGGUGGUGGUGGCGGUGGUGGUUCUGUUCGUGUUAGCACUGGUGGUGUGACAGCAGGUGAAAUCACCAGCAUCACCAGCAACAGCAGCGGCAGUGGGCAUGGCAGUGGCAGCGCUGGGGCAAUGUUCCUUUCUCCUCCUCCUAACACACAGAGACGGGUGGGGCUUGGCGGUUUCAAACCCCUUGACACUGGUGCUGCUGCUGCUGGCGCUUCUGCUGCUGCUGCUGGUGCCGGUGCUGCUGAGCCUGUCACUCCAAGCAGCACUGCCAUGCCUGUUCCCAUCACGCCCCCCUCCGCGCACUCUGCCUCGGGUCUUGUGGCGUUGAAACCGCCUGGCUGGGGUGGAGAAGCAGGGCGGCUGGUGCCAUGCCAACUGCAGCAACAGCAGCAGGAGCAGCAGCAGCAGCAGCAGCAACAGCAGGGUAACCAUGCCGCUACAAUUACCCCCAGAACUGAAGCUGCUACAGCUGCAGAGUUAGUGGGCAGUGCAGGAGUGAGUGACCUGAGGGCGUAUGAGCAGUCGCUGGGAGACAGUGCCUCGGAUAUCGGCUCAUACCCACACUCACAGGAGGGUACCCCAGAUGACUACCCCUUCCGAUUCCUCUCCACGCCUACAGACGAGCACACUGAUGGCUCUCCCAAGAAAACCGAAAGUGGAGCUGUAGCAGAAGAGACUGUAGCAGAAGCGACUGUAGCAGGAGGGGAUGUAGCAAGAGGGAAAGUAGCUGCCAGUGUGACUUCAGCUGAUGCGGCUACAGCCGAUGCAGCAACUGUAGCAGCGCCAGCAACGCCCCGGGUGCCCUCAUCUGCUGACGUGGCAGCCAGUGCUGCCAGCUCAGGGAACAUGGAGGCGGGCUGUGCAGAGGGAGGUACACCUGGGGUAGGCUGUACUGGUAGGACCACACACACCAGUGCAGGGAGUAGCGAUGGGGAUGGAAGAGUAGGAGGGGUAGAGGGUACAGGGGGAGGUAAGAGUUUGUGGAAGCCUGCCGCUAGGAGAUUCUCACCCCCUGCUGGUGCCAGGGGUGAUGCUAGGGGUGGCGCUGCAACCAUUGCUGGUGUGACAAUCACUGCUGCUGCUGUAAGCGACGCGUUAAAAGACUCGCUUAAGGAACCCUGGUCGAUCCCUACAAGCCAGGAUCUGCCUCUGCCGUCCACCCCCAUCUUCCUGAGUCAGGAGCUUCCCCCCAUUGAACACUUGCCCUCCUCACUGCCCUCCCUGCCCCCAUCACAAGAGCCUGUCAUGUGCUUUGAGGCAACUCAACCAGUGGACUUAGGAGAGAAGGAGGGGGAAGAGGGGAUAGGCGGACUGGGGCAAAUGCGGGAGAUUGGGGCAAUGGGGGGGACGGGGGAGAAUGGCAGGGAGCAGAGUGGGGGGGAGUCAGAGGAGGCGAUCCAGGAGACACAAGUAGAGGCAGAGGAGGUGGGUGCUGAAGCGGGUGAUAAGAGCAGAGCAGGGACUGCCACAGUGCUUGGGGGUGAAGCAAACAUGGAGGGCGUAAGGGAGGGGUUAUGUGGGCCGGGUGGGGGAGAAGUGACUGGGGCAGGGGAAGGUGCGGCGGUAGGCAGUUGUGGGGUUGCAACUGGGGCUGUGGGCGGGUGUGGUGCUAUGCCGGGUGCGGUAGGGAGCGGUAUGCUUGGUGCUGCGUUUUGGAUCGGCAGCAGUGGUCCGGGCAUGAGCAACGGCACGUGGGGCGAGUGGAUGGGGCCUGCUAGUCACCCGUGCCGCCACGCAUUUUCGCAUUUGCUCCAGCUUCCCACACCAAUUAUCAACGCUCUGCACCUCUCUUAUUGCCUGCCGUACGAGACUGUGCUUGUAAUGAAGGAGAAGAUGUUCUCGUUAAGCGAAGCGAAGAAGGUCAAAGAUACAAACGGGAAUCUGCACUUCAAAGUCGCAAACAGGCUGCUAUCCAUUCACAACAAGACGGAAAUUCAGGACGCCAGAGGAGCACCCGUGUGCAUGCUAGUAGGGAAGGUGUUCACUCUGCACAACACCACCUACCUCUGUCCGGGGAGCAGCACAGAAACCGACGGUCACUUGCUUAGAGCCAGGAGGCCUUACAUCACCUUUCAACCUGUUAUUGAGGUGUUUUUACGGGGCAAUGUAACAAAAAACCCAGACAUUUACCUCACUGGCUCCAUUUUCCAGCAUAACUUCAAGAUCGUCACCUGCAACAACAUGCUGUUGGCCGAAGUGAACCGUGACAUGUGCACUGCUCGUGACCUUGUCUUCGGGGCCCAAACAUACUUCGUGCGAAUCUUGCCGAAUGUGGACAUGGCGUUAGUUCUGGCUCUGGUUACUCUGGCAGACACCAUGUAUGUUAAUAGAGAAGGGUCUGGCAUAAGCAUUGAGUUAGUUUGA